AUAAAAGUGAUCGAGAAACAUUAGUUGGAGAUGACGUAGAGAAUGAUAAAAGUUCUAAUAAUAAUAAAUUCAAAAGGUUACUAGAUAACAAAGCUCUGCAACAACAUGUAUAUAAAAAAUGGAUAAAAAAAGAAAGAUCUGCCAAAAUAGAGUCAACCAAAGAUAGACAAGAGGUAUUAAAAAGCUGUAUAGAUAUCUUUAAAAAUAAAAAAAUAGCAUUUAAAUUAAACUCAAAAUCUGCCAAUGGUCUUGACAAA